CGGUCAUUUGCUGACCUAUCCCUCUAUACCUCACAAGUUGACUCUCCCACCGGAUUCAAAACAAUGAUAUUCUAUCUCUCAAUCCUGGCUUUCGUCUCUCUCAUUCUCAUCCUUCUCCACCGAUUCUACAAACCGAUUCUACCUUUCCCAGCCCUUGCUUCCCGUUUACCCCGACUUAGAAUGCCUCACGGUCACCGACCACACGCCGGAUACACACCCUUGAACACGUUCGCCGACCAAGCAGCUGCUGGACUUUCGUCGUCCAAUUUUGAUAUUGAAAGUGCCAAUAUCUUGGGGGGUGAUUCACGAGUUGGUUUAGAUGAACAAGAUGUUAGGGAGGUUGAAGGGAUUAUGAAGGAGACGAGGGUUGGAUUCGACCAAGCUCGUCUGAUUAGGCAUAACAGGAUUCUGGCGGCGAAUGGAAUCGAUCCCUCUGGCAUGCCUCUGGAUUCCAAGGCUGUUACGCGUCUCUAGCGCCGAGUAAUGUGUCGGACACGUCUGGAUUUCUCUGUAUUCAGAGUAGACUUGACAACUGCCGCGAGGGCUGUACGCGUUCCUCCUUCUAGCCUUUCUUGUUUACCACGAAAUGCCACUCUCAUUUACUCGUAUAUCUAUUUAUCAUUUUACCUAAGAUCCAA